CACGUCGUCCCAGAAGAAACCCAACACCUUCCGCACCGGAUCCAAUACCCCUCCACCCUGACCCGCUUCUCUCGUCGAGGAGACCCAUUUCCGGUCCAGAUCCAACCCGACGCUACUUUCUCUCUCUGCUGAGUUUUUCGGCUAAGGAUUCCGUUUUAUUUCUGUUCACAUGAAGAUAUGCGCAGAGGAGAUUAUGACUACUGUUUGAGUCAAUGCAUUGCAUUUUUGAGUCUAGAAAUUUCGAAGAUCGAACCGUUUUUUGACGACCACAAUGGGCGCCUCACCUGCCAAAUUCUUGUUCGGAUUCCUCUUCAUCUCCAUCAUACUAUGGCUUAUUUUCACAUUUGCUUCCAGGUUGUUGACUGGGAUUCUAAGCCGAGUUCUGGGAGCAUCAGUUCAGUUCCGUGUUGGUGGAUGGAAAUGCUUGAGAGAUAUUGUUGUGAAGUUCAAAAAGGGCGCUGUUGAAUCUGUAUCUGUUGGUGAAAUCAGACUCAGUGUAAGGCAGUCCUUGGUCAAACUUGGUGUUGGUAUUUUUUCUAGGGAUCCGAAGUUGCAGAUUUUAAUAUACGACUUAGAAGUUGUGAUGAGAGCCCCCACCAAAAGUACUCAGAAAAGGAAGUCCAGGAAAUCGCGUGCUUCUGGUAGAGGAAAGUGGAUGGUUGUGGCUAAUAUGGCACGGUUUUUGUCUGUUGCUGUGACUGAACUGGUUGUAAAGACACCAAAAGCUACAGUGGAGGUUAAAGAACUCAGACUGGAAAUAUCCAAGGAUGGUGCAGCCCAGCCAACCCUCUUUGUGAAGCUGCAUCUAGUUCCUGUUUGGGUUUAUUUAGGUGAAUCACGUGUUACUUCUGAUAUCCCUGGGGGAUCUCUUCCUUCUGGCGAAGCAUUUUCUGGUUUGACAGAACGAACCUCUGCUCCUUUCAACUGUGAAGAUUUUGCACUUUUGUGUGAAUUUGGUCAUGAUAGGGAAGCAGGUAUAGUGGUUAAGAAUGUAGAUAUUACCAGUGGAGAAGUUUCUAUGAUCUUAAGUGAAGAGCUUUUGGUUAAGAAGAAAAGUUCAAUUGGCACAAGCGCUCAGGCUGGUCAAGUUGUAACAGAGGCUAAUGAAGCAAGUGCCACUAAAAAGCCAGACAAAAAACCUGCAGCUUUGGCUAUUACUAAGUUCACUUCUAUAUUCCCCGAAAAGAUUGGCUUCACAUUGCCCAAAUUGGAUGUGAAGUAUGUGCAUCGGGGACAAGGUCUUGUAAUGGAUAGUAACAUCAUGGGCAUUCAACUGAAGAGCACAAAAUCUCGAACUGUUGAAGAUCUCAGUGAAAGUACCAGGCUUGAUAUUCAGUUGGAAUUUAGUGAGAUUCAUCUGCUGAGGGAUGCUGGCGUUUCCAUUGUUGAGAUACUGAAACUUGACGUUAUUUCUUCAGCUUAUAUUCCCCUGCAGCCUUCCUCACCUAUCAGAUGUGAAGUUGAUAUUAAGCUUGGUGGUACUCAAUGCAACUUGCUGGUUAGUAGGUUUGUUCCAUGGAUGCAAAUGCAUUUUUCAAAACCAAAGAGAAUGGUGCUUCGAGAGGAAGGUUCUCUUGAAAAGCAAAGGUCAUCUGGACAAAGUGCAAUUAUGUGGACAUGCACUGCUUCUGCCCCAGAGAUGACCAUUGUGCUUUACAAUUUGAGUGGCUCGCCAGUCUACCAUGGUUGCUCUCAAUCAUCACAUGUGUAUGCUAACAACAUAUCAACUAUGGGCACUGCAGUUCAUAUGGAACUUGGUGAGCUUAAUUUGCACACAUCUGAUGAAUAUCAAGAGUGCUUGAAAGAAAGCCUUUUUGGUGUGGAGACAAACACGGGUUCCUUGCUGCACAUAGCAAAGGUUAGCCUGGACUUGGGCAAAAAGGAUAUGGAUUCACCUGAAGAUGGUCGCAAGUGUAAAAUGGUUCUCUCCACUGAUGUAACUGGUAUGGGUGUCUACUUGACCUUUAGGCGCCUGGAAUCUUUGGUAUCAACUGCUUUUUCCUUCCAAGCUCUAUUUAAAAGUUUAUCUGGUUCUGGCAAGAAGGCAGCUCAUAACCGGGGUUCAAAAUCAGUCAGUUCAUCAGGGAAGGGGAUUCAACUUGUAAACUUUAAUCUUGAAAGGUGUUCUCUGAAUUUCUUUGGAGAAGUGGGAUUGGAGAACGCAAUUGUUGAGGAUCCCAAACGUGUAAAUUAUGGAUCACAAGGCGGUCGAUUUGUAAUAAGUGUCUCAGCUGAUGGUACUCCUCGCACAGCAGAUAUUAUGUCUACUCUUUCAGACAAGUUCAAUAAGUUGAAGUACUCUGUAACACUUGAGAUUUUCCACCUAGGUUUUUGCAUGAAUAAGGAGAAACGAUCAAUGCAGAUGGAUCUUGAAAGAGCUAGAUCUAUCUAUCAGGAGUUUUUGGAAGACAGCACUCCUAGAACAAAUGUUCUAUUGCUUGACAUGCAAAAUGCAAAAGUUGUCAGGCGAUCUGGUGGCCUUAAAGAGAUUGCUGUCUGUUCUCUCUUCAGUGCUACAGAUAUAUCAGUCAGAUGGGAGCCUGAUGUACAUAUUGCUUUAUCUGAACUUGGGCUGCAAUUGAAGUUACUGGUCCAGAAUCAUAGACUUCAAGUAGAAAAAAACAAAGAAAACAUAUCAAGCAUGACCAAUAAUGAGCAGGAGAAAGACACUCCUGUGGAACCUUUGCAAAUCGAUAAACAGCAGAAAAAAAGAGAGUCCAUUUUUGCCAUUGAUGUGGAAACACUCUGUAUAUCUGCUGAGGCUGGAGAUGGAGUUGAAACAACAGUCAAGGUUCAGUCCAUAUUUUCUGAGAAUGCUCGAAUUGGUGUGCUUCUUGAAGGACUAAUGCUCGAUUUUAAUGAAGCAAGAGUAUUUCAAAGCAGCAGGAUGCAAAUUUCUCGUGUUCCCAACACCUCUGCUACUGCAUCGAAUGGUAAAAUAGAGACAGUCACUGUGUGGGAUUGGGUAAUCCAGGCGCUUGAUGUUCAUGUGUGCAUGCCAUACCGGUUGCAGUUGCGUGCAAUUGAUGAUUCUGUUGAGGAAAUGCUGCGGGCGCUGAAGCUUAUCAAUGCUGCUAAAGCUAAAAUGCUCUUUCCAGUUAAAAAAGAGAGUUCAAAGCCUAAGAAGCCAAGUUCAACCAAAAUCGGACGUGUAAAGUUUUGCAUCCGCAAACUAACUGCUGAUAUUGAGGAAGAGCCGAUACAGGGUUGGCUUGAUGAACAUUAUCAGCUGUUGAAAAAUGAGGCCUGUGAAUUAGCUGUUAGGUUGAACUUUCUUGAUGAACUAAUUUCAAAAGCUGGCCAAAUUUCUGGAGGUACGGAAAGAAAUGAUCCAAUUAUUGAGAGCAAGGUUCAAUUUGAUGGAGAAGAGAUUAAUAUGCAAGAUCCUGAAUCAAUUAAGAAAUUGCGAGAUGAGAUUUAUAAGCAGUCAUUCCGAUCAUAUUAUCAAGCAUGUCAGAAACUUGCACCAUCACCAGGAUCUGGAGCCUGUAAGGAGGAUUUUCAAGCUGGCUUCAAGUUUAGCACAACUAGAACUUCUGUCUUCUCUAUUAUUGCGACAGAGUUUGACUUGAGCCUGACAAGGAUUGAUGGUGGUGAUGCUGGGAUGAUUGAAGUCCUGCAAAAACUUGAUCCAGUCUGUCGUGCAAAUAAUAUUCCGUUUUCACGCCUAUAUGGAACCAACCUUAUCUUGCAUACUGGGUCCCUUGUUGCUCAGUUAAGAAACUACACUUGUCCCUUGUUUGCUGGAACUUCUGGUAGGUGUGAAGGCCGUCUGGUGUUGGCUCAACAGGCAACAAGUUUUCAGCCCCAAAUCCGUCAAAAUGUUUAUGUUGGGAGAUGGAGGAAAGUUUGCAUGCUUCGUUCAGCCAGUGGUACAACACCACCAAUGAAAACAUAUUGUGAUUUGCCCAUUCAUUUUCAGAAAGCAGAAGUGUCAUUUGGUGUCGGUUUUGAACCAGUUUUUGCUGAUGUCAGCUAUGCUUUUACCGUGGCACUUCGUAGGGCCAAUUUAAGCCUCAGGAACCCUAAUCCAGAAGUUCAGCCCCCCAAAAAGGAGAAAAGCUUACCGUGGUGGGAUGAAAUGAGAAACUAUAUUCAUGGAAAUACUACUUUAUACUUGUCUGAGACUAAAUGGAAUGUCCUUGCAACCACUGAUCCAUAUGAAAAUUCUGACAAGCUUCAGAUUUUUUCUGGUUAUAUGGAAAUCCAGCAGUCAGAUGGUCGUGUUUAUAUGACCGCUAAGAAUUUCAAGAUUGUUUUGAGCAGCUUAGAAAGUUUGCUGAAAAAUUCCUGCUCAAAGCAUCCUACUGGCUUUUCUGGUGCUUUUAUUGAGGCACCCAUCUUUACUAUUGAAGUCACAAUGGAUUGGGAUUGUGAAUCUGGGAAUCCACUGAAUCAUUAUCUAUUUGCGCUUCCUAUAGAAGGUGUACCUCGUGAAAAAGUUUAUGAUCCCUUUAGGUCUACUUCUCUGUCCUUGUGCUGGAAUCUGUCACUCAGACCCUCUCUUCCCUCUUCUAAUCACGAGUCACAGUCAUCGGCAAUGAGCGAUCAUGCCUUGCUGAAUGGAGCUUCACAUAAUCCAUUUGCAACAGCAAAUGCCUCCACUGAUUCACCAGUUGUCAAUCUUGGUCCACACGAUUUAGCAUGGCUAUUAAAAUUUUGGAACUUGAACUACCUUCCUCCUCAUAAAUUGCGGACUUUUUCAAGAUGGCCUCGUUUUGGUGUCCCUAGAAUUGCUAGAUCAGGCAAUCUGUCCAUGGACAAGGUAAUGACAGAGUUUAUGUUUCGGGUUGAUGCAACUCCAACGUGUAUAAGACAUAUGCCUUUAGAAGAUGAUGAUCCAGCGAAGGGACUUAUCUUUAAGAUGACAAAAGUAAAAUAUGAACUUUGUUUUGGUCGGGGUAAGCAAAAGUAUACAUUUGAAAGCAAACGGGACACCCUUGAUCUUGUCUACCAAGGUCUUGACCUUCACAUGCCAAAGGCUUAUUUAGAUAAGGAAGCCAGGACAAGUAUUGCAAAAGUAGUUGAAUUGACUAGGAAAACGUCACAAUCUGCAUCAAUGGACAGAGUUCCAAAUGAUAAGACGAAUAGUUUGAGUGCAAGCACAGAGAGGCACCGGGAUGAUGGAUUUUUAUUAUCAUCUGAUUACUUUACGAUUAGAAGGCAAACUCCAAAAGCUGACCCAGAAAGGUUAUUGGCUUGGCAAGAAGCUGGCAGAAGAAAUCUUGAGAUGACAUAUGUCAGGUCUGAGUUUGAAAAUGGGAGUGAAAGUGAUGAGCAUACAAGAUCUGAUCCUAGUGAUGAUGAUGGGUAUAAUGUUGUGAUUGCUGACAAUUGUCAGAGGAUUUUUGUAUACGGUCUUAAGCUUUUGUGGACUCUUGAGAAUAGAGAUGCUGUUUGGUCCUGGGUAGGUGGAAUAUCGAAGGCAUUUGAAACUCCAAAACCUUCUCCUUCUCGUCAAUAUGCCCAGAGGAAGCUGCUUGAGGAGAAUAAGGCAGUUGGUGGCCCAGAAAUGCCUCAAGAUGAUAUAAACAAGUCCACAUCUGUGAGUCCUGUUGGGAGUUCCUCAUCACGACAGCAUUCAGAGUCUUCAAAAUCACAGUCAUCCCCAUCCAAUUCUUUCAAAGGGGAAAAUCCUUUGCCAGGUGCAAGUGUGAAGCAAUCUGAUGAAUCUGAGGACGAUGGAACCCGUCAUUUCAUGGUUAAUGUCAUUGAGCCACAAUUCAACCUUCACUCAGAAGAAGCCAAUGGUAGGUUUCUGCUAGCUGCUGUUAGUGGGCGUGUUUUAGCUCGUUCGUUCCAUUCUGUUCUUCACAUUGGGUAUGACAUGAUUGAACAAGCACUUGGUGGAAGGAAUACUCAGAUUCCUGAGUCUGAACCUGAAAUGACGUGGAACCGUAUGGAGUUCUCUGUGAUGUUGGAGCAUGUGCAAGCUCAUGUUGCUCCAACUGAUGUAGAUCCUGGGGCUGGACUUCAGUGGCUUCCAAAAAUUCGAAGAAGCUCACCCAAAGUAAAGCGAACUGGAGCUUUACUUGAAAGAGUUUUUAUGCCUUGUGAUAUGUACUUCCGCUAUACAAGGCACAAAGGUGGAACAGCAGAUUUGAAGGUGAAGCCAUUGAAAGAGCUUACUUUCAACUCUCGUAAUAUAACUGCAACUAUGACAUCUCGGCAGUUCCAGGUUAUGCUUGAUGUGUUGACUAAUCUUCUAUUUGCCAGACUUCCAAAGCCUAGAAAAAGUAGCCUUUCAUAUGCAGCGGAGGAUGAUGAUGUCGAAGAGGAGGCAGAUGAAGUUGUUCCUGAUGGGGUAGAAGAGGUAGAACUGGCAAGAAUUGACCUUGAACAUAAAGAGCAAGUACAGAAACUGAUCCUUGAUGACAUCAGGAAACUCUCUCUUUAUGGUGAUACUUCUGGAGAUGUGCACCCAGAAAAGGAAGAUAAUUUGUGGAUGAUAGUCGGUGGAAGGACCAUACUAGUACAUAGACUAAAGAAAGAACUAUUAAAUGCACAAAAAUCAAGAAAGGCAGCCUCUUCCUCUCUAAGGAUGGCUCUGCAAAAAGCUGCGCAAUUGCGCCUAAUGGAAAAAGAGAAGAACAAAAGUCCAUCUUGUGCCAUGCGCAUCUCUCUGCAAAUUAAUAAAGUGGUGUGGAGCAUGCUUGUUGAUGGCAAAUCUUUUGCUGAAGCUGAAAUAAACGACAUGAUUUAUGAUUUUGACAGGGAUUACAAAGAUGUUGGUGUUGCUCAGUUUACAACAAAGUAUUUUGUUGUGAGGAACUGCCUGCCUAAUGCCAAGUCAGACAUGCUUCUGUCAGCAUGGAAUCCUCCUCCUGAGUGGGGAAAAAAAGCGAUGCUUCGAGUAGAUGCAAAGCAAGGAGCUCCAAAGGAUGGAAAUUCUCCUUUAGAACUAUUCCAGGUGGAGAUCUACCCCUUAAAGAUUCACUUAACUGAGACAAUGUACAGAAUGAUGUGGGAGUAUUUAUUCCCUGAAGAAGAACAAGACUCACAGAGGCGGCAGGAAGUUUGGAAGGUUUCUACUACUGCUGGUGCUAGACGAGCCAAGAAAGGCUUAUUAUCACAAGAGGCAUUGACAUCAAACAGCCACUUAACAAAAGACACCGAAUUCUUCUCAAAAUCGAAUACCUCACAACCAGCCACAUCUGCAACCAGCCAGUCAUCUGUUAAUGCUGAUUCUUCACAAUCAUCGAAGUUGCAGAACCUGAAACCAAAUAUUGUCUGUGGUUCAACUCCAGAGCUUAGACGAACAUCUUCCUUCGAUAGAACAUGGGAGGAAUCUGUGGCAGAAUCAGUGGCUAAUGAACUUGUAUUGCAGGCUCAUUCUCCAAGUGUCUCGUCUUUCAAAACAGGUUCCUUUGCUUAUGACGAACCUCCAGAUGAACCGAACAAGAGCAAAACGCGGGACUCCAAGAAUGUAAAACCUGGCCGUUCCUCUCAUGAAGAGAAAAAGGUUGGAAAAGCACAGGAUGAUAAAAGAUCUAGACCUCGGCGAAUGAGAGAGUUCCAUAACAUCAAAAUAAGUCAGGUUGAGCUGCUGGUUACUUAUGAAGGAUCAAGAUUUGCUGUCAGUGAUUUAAGGUUGCUGAUGGAUACUUUCCAUCAAGGUGAAUAUACUGGAACUUGGAGGCGGCUAUUCUCGCGGGUCAAGAAACAUAUUAUUUGGGGAGUCUUGAAGUCUGUCACUGGAAUGCAGGGCAAGAAGUUUAAAGAUAAAGCACAGAAUCAGAAAGAAGCCACUGGUACUAGUGUUCCUGAUAUUGAUCUGAAUUUUAGCGACAGUGAUGGAGGUUCAGCUGGCAAAUCCAAUCCCUAUCCAUUAUCCUGGCCUAAACGUCCCAGUGAUGGAGCAGGUGAUGGAUUUGUCACCUCCAUUAGGGGGCUUUUCAAUACUCAGCGCCGCAAGGCCAAGGCCUUUGUUCUCCGAACAAUGAGGGGUGAAGCAGAUGAUGAGUUGCAUGCAGAUUGGAGUGAAAGUGAAGCUGAUUUCUCUCCAUUCGCAAGACAACUAACCAUAACUAAAGCAAAGAGGUUAAUCAGAAGACAUACCAAAAAGUUCCGGUCCAGGGGACAGAAAGGUUUACCUUCCCAGCUGAGAGACUCACUUCCCUCGUCACCAAGAGAAAUGACAGCAUAUGAAAGUGAUUCUUCAAGUGGAUCCUCGCCUUAUGAGGAUUUUAAUGAGUAGCAGAGAUUAUUUGGCUGGAACCGUACUCCUGAUAGCUUUUGGAUGCUGGGAAAAUAUGGUUCGACGUCAUUUUUCCUAUUCAAACAAAAGACGAUGACAAUUUUGACCUUUCUGACUUGCUAACGACCUUCAAUAAAAUAUUAGGCAGAUUUCAUGUUCCUUGUGCCAAUUAUGGCUGCUUCUAAUGUGAUUCUGGAGGAGCAACCCAAAGCACUCAUCGACGAGAAAUAUGCCGGCCGUCCAUCAUUUCUUUUGCAAGAGAUGCUUUUUUUUCCUUGAAGGGGAAUCACCCUUUAGCUGGUCA